AAGGAAAAAACAGAGAAAAGCUCAAACCUUGAUUGAACCUCUGUGUCUCCUCAUUCUUCAAAGUUUGAAGCUUUAUUGAACAAGUCUCUCUUGAGUCCGCGUCCAAUCCCAACUGGUACGAUCGCCAUGAACAUCUUCUCCAAGAAGCCAAACGCCAAAGAGGCGCUUCGGGAAAGCAAGAGAGAAAUGACUAAUGCUACUAGAGGGAUAGAGAAGGAAAUUGGAGCAUUGCAAUUAGAAGAAAAAAAGCUCGUUGCUGAGAUAAAGAGAACUGCUAAAACAGGAAAUGAGGCAGCAACUAAAAUACUGGCCAGGCAGCUAAUCAGGCUUAGGCAACAGGUAGCUAACUUACAAGGAAGUAGGGCUCAAAUGAGAGGAAUAGCAACUCAUACACAGGCAAUGCACGCACAGUCAUCAGUUGCUGUUGGCAUGAAAGGUGCUAGUAAGGCAAUGGCAGCUAUGAAUAAGCAAAUGGAUCCUGCAAAGCAAGCAAAGGUGAUACGUGACUUUCAGAAGCAGUCUGCACAGAUGGAUAUGACUACUGAAAUGAUGUCUGACACUAUAGAUGAUGCCAUAGAUAGUGAUGAGGCAGAAGAGGAAACUGAGGAGCUGACAAACCAGGUGCUAGAUGAAAUUGGUGUCGAUGUUGCCUCACAGUUGUCAGCAGCUCCAAAAGGAAGAAUUGCAGCAAAGAACUCUCAGGGUGUUGGCAGUUCUAGCACUGACGAGCUGGAGAAAAGAUUGGCAGCUCUCAGAAAUCCAUGAGUUAAGAUUCAAGGGCAGAAGAUUUUUUAUUUUAUUGUUCUCCCCAGAAUUUGAUAUCGGAUUUUUGCAAUAUUGUUCAUUGUAAAUAUUUUGUUACCCUUGUUCUCCUUAGCGCCUCUACAUACGGAGAAGCUAAGCUUUUAUAUACCCUCCUUAACUUAGGAGGGGACAUAUGUGAGCUAAUUCAAUAUGCAUAUGAAUUGCUUCUUCCUUCUA